UUUGGUUCUGCUCUGGCUGUUUUUCUUUGUCUUCUGCGGCUGCGGGUUCAAACCGAAUGCACUUCUUUUGAUGGACUCAUUUGUAUUUAUGUAUUCGCAUUGACCAACCUCAAACACCGUGUGCUCAGUGUCAUCCAGGUGAUUUGCGAGCCCUGCGGAAAGGGACGACCCUGUACCACUCAGAGUCGCAGCUGUCCUCCCUGCCUCAACGCCAGGAUGCCAUGCACAAUGUGGUUUCGGGCCGCCUCCCUACCAGCGAAUCGUCUCCGGCCACGGGAUACUUAUGCGUGCAGAAGCCCGAGGCCGUGGUGCAUGCCAUGAAGGUUCUGGAGGUCCACGAGAACUUGGACAAGCAAGUUCCCGAAGAUUACGAGGAUGACCUCAGUGAGAAAGAGAAGGCCAUCGUCAGGGAGAUGUGCAACGUGGUGUGGAGGAAGCUUGGCGAUGCAGCCGGCUCGAAGCUUUCCAUCCGCCAGCACCUGUCAGGCAACCAGUUCAAGGGGCCGCUGUAGCGCUUCCCCGCCAGCAGGGGGGGGCGGCUGUGCGCGACGUCCACCACCCUGGAACCAACUGGAAUACCCAUCACACCGCCAGUACCUGGAUAAGCUAGCGCGCGCUAGUUUUGACCUUUGCCACGAUGUUGACUAUUUUUGGGGGGCCGGGAGACGGAAGGUGCCAACGCGACGUGGUUUCAAGCACAGUUGCCGCUAAGGGUGGCCGAAAUCUUCAUUAUUUUUGGAAAUGAGCACUCCCCCCUCUCACUCCUGUCCUGGGUAUCGCGUUCCGAGUACAAUGAGGUUUGAGCGUAUCGGGUUUCUUGCUAGCGUUCACGCAAUACAAAACAUUACGAUAAGUCAUAUGAUACGAUUUAAGUGUAGCCUAACGCUGAAGUGUUAUUUCUUAUCGUUGUUCACGAAUCAUUCACAAAGCGGUGCCCCCCCUCUCCUCCCGUCACUAGUGAGUAAAAAAAAAUCUAAAUGGUUGUUCGUGUUAAGUCGUGUGGAUGCACUGUGACUUAGCACAUUUUGGGCUCAUUCACGUCUCCAGAUUGUGUAUAUUCUGUAUUAAAAAAAAACAAAACAAAAAAAAUAGGAACAUUUCAUUGUUUCCAUUUUACUUUGGUUUUUGGUUUCACCAAUACAUAUUAAGGCCAUGCUCAAAUGGAAAAAAAUAUAUAAUAAUGCGUGGAUAAAGUUGGAAAAUUCCAAAAAAAGAAUAGUGCGGUGAAAUUGUAUAUUUUUAGCAUCAAGAAAAUCGGAGCAUUCCAAGAAUGAAGUUGGCUCUAACAACUAUUGCCCCAAAAUAUUACAAUUAUCUCUUUCUAAAAAUAACUUUUUGGGGAAAACAAAUCAUCUUGGGGGAGGGAGAAUACGAGUUUCUUUUCUUCAGCUUAAUAAAAGAGAAAAGCAAAUCAAAGUUGAACAGUACAUCAGUAAAAUUUGGUAAUUAUAAUUUUAGCUAUAAUGGGAACCCCUCCCACGUGUAAUUUAGAAUCCACCAAAGUCACAACCAUUUUUUAAACAUUCCCCCUUAUAACUAUCCUGUAGUUAUUCUAGAAAGAAAAUCAAAUCGAGCGUUCUGACUUUAUUCUCGUAGUACCCCCCCCCCUCCUUUUUGAGCGUUGCGCUAAUAACGUAGGUGCGAUUUUUAGUGCUGCCAUGUGAUCAGACUUUUAAAGGGCGGAGGCGACGUUUGGUUGCAUUGUGAAUAAUCUUUCUUUAUCCGGUGUCGAUGAGUUCUCUCGAGGGAUAUCAAGCCGAUUUUAAUUUUUUUUUUUUUUUCUUCUUGGAGUUUUGAAACAAUGAAACGAGCCUGUUUGGAUGCUGUGUGCAUGCUCGACAAUCACUCUCUCAGGUCGGCGUCGCGUGGAAGCGGAAAGCGUCUCGCUUUGCAACAAGACGGUAGACACCGUGCAUGUUUUUCCACAACUUUUUACGGUUCGGACAACGUGCAGUCUUGACCUGUUAGCCGUACCCCAACCCUCCUUUAAAAAAAAAAAA